AAGCACAUCUCCCUGCUGGGCUGAGUAAAUGUUUAAUCCUCGGCUUGCAGAAAAAGCAGCUCAAAAGUGCUUUUUUUCGCAGCAAGUCUGAACCAGUCAGCCUGGUGCCUCCUCCCUCCCUCCGGCUCACACCCUCCCUCCCACCGCUCCGGAGGAAUAUCCCAGCCUGCUCCAAGGUGCAGCUGGGCACUCAGGGCAGGACGGAGCCAGGCCGGAGUGGUGCCCGUGCCCACCCGACCGGGCGAGCAGAGGGGCUGGGAAGUUUGCAGGGUCCCUUGCAAGGCUGCUCUGGCUCCCGCUUGCCUGCACUGCUCCGCCGGCUGAAGUGCCCAGGAUGGGGUCCCCGCGCUGGAAACGGCUCUGCCUUCUGCUCCUGGCAGCUCUCACAUCCUCCGUGCUCCUCUACGGGCACUACUACGCGACGGUGGAGUCGCCCACCAGCCAGAGGAUCAUAGCCAGCCUGCUGCAGCCACAACCACUGAUUCUGGCUUCGUCAGGGACGUCGCACCGAGCUGGCAGCCACAGGUGGGCCCUCGGAGGUGGCUUAGAGAGGGGGAAGUUCUUCAGACCUUCCACUGAUCUGGAGGAGCCCAAGCCCAGCAGACAGCAGCCCAGCACCUGCCCCAGCUCAGUGAUGGCCAGAGCAAAGGCAGACCCCAAAUUUGGGGACAUCUUCCUCUUUGACACCCCUGUGCUGAUGUGGGACCAACACUUCACCACGGAGACCUGGGACAGGCUGAAGACACGACACGUCCCCUACGGCUGGCAAGGCUUGUCCCACACAGCGGUGGGCAGCACCCUCCAGCUCCUCAACGCCUCUGCCAACAGGCAGCUCUUCGACAGGGACAGCUUCCCCGGGGGCUGCGUGCGCUGCGCCGUGGUGGGCAACGGCGGCAUCCUCAACGGCUCGCGGCAGGGCAAGGCCAUCGACGCCCAUGACCUGGUCUUCAGGCUGAACGGCGCCGUGAUCAAAGGCUUCGAGGAGGACGUGGGGACCAAGAUCUCCUUCUACGGCUUCACCGUGAACACCAUGAAGAACUCCCUCAUCGCCUACGAGGAGUAUGGCUUCAGCCAGGUGCCACAGGGCAAGGACCUGAGGUACAUCUUCAUCCCCUCGGAUAUCCGCGACUACGUCAUGCUGAAGGCUGCCAUCCAGGGCAGGCCUGUCCCUGAGGGCUCGGAUAGGGGGGACAGGCCACAGAAGUAUUUUGGACCAGAGGCAUCUGCAGAGAAGUUCAAGCUGCUGCAUCCAGAUUUCUUGCAGUACCUGACAGCGAGGUUCCUGCGAUCAGAGCUGCUGGACAUGCAGUAUGGCUCUCUCUACAUGCCCAGCACCGGCGCGCUCAUGCUCCUCACUGCGCUCCAUACCUGUGACCAGGUCAGUGCCUAUGGCUUCAUCACUUCCAACUACGAGGAGUUCUCAGACCACUACUACGAGACAGAGAAGAAGCCACUGGUGUUUUAUGCCAACCAUGACAUGAUGCUGGAGGCAGCGCUGUGGAGGAGUCUGCACCGGGCAGGGAUCAUGACCCUCUACCAGCGGUGAGGCUUGGCAGGUGCCCACAGAGGCAAAGCCAAGGACUUCUGAGGCUCUUCUCUUUCCUGAAGGCCAUUUUCCUCCUGAGGGCAUCCACCCAGCCAGCCCAAGGAGCAGACCCACCACACUGCAGCCGGUGGUGGGGUGAUAGUAAGAGCAAGCUGAAGCUGGUAGAGAAAUGCUACACUUCCUCAGGGAUCUUUGGCCAUGUUUUGUGGCUCAGUGUGACUGAACACGACCUUUGGGGCACCAAGAAGCACCGAGGCAUGUGGCUGUGACCUUCUGCCCCAUGAAUCUGGCUGUGGGGCAGCAGUGGCUCCUGUGAAGCACAGGAGCAAGGUGAUGCUGGAAGAGGACGUUGGAGAUGUGUGGUGGCUUCUGUCUGGGCAGUGCUCUUCACUUUGCCAUCACACUCCAGCUCAAAUACUUGUCACCAUGGUGGGGUGACAACAGGCACGAUGGUCUUGGACUGGAGACUACGUGAGCUGAGAUGAGAGGAAGGUGGUGUGUUUGGAGAACACCUCCCUCCCAGCAUGCAGAGGCUGGUGCUGCUUUCCAGAAUGCUUGUCUCCAUCAUCAACAGCAAAGAGUGGCAUGGCUGUGACAGUGUGUCCUGCCUUCUUCCCCUCCCUAAGGGCAGGGUGUUUGCAAGAAGGGAGGGUUUUGAAAGCCAUCAGCUAGGAGUAGGGUUGCUGCAGCUCAGCUGGGAUAUCACAAAGGCAGCUGGCCUUGGAGCACACCAGAGAUGCGAGCUGGCCUACAGCCCUUGUGUCUGUCAGUGGGUUUGUUUGGUUUCUCUUGCACAGGAACCUUUUGUGGCCUCCAAGUGCUUGGAGAGGACAGCCUUGUAACAAGGGGGUUAGGGAACCUGCUUGCUUGUUGUGCAUGUCCAAGCAAUAAUCACCAAAGAAGAGAGGUGAAGGUCCUGAACCUUUCAACUGUCCUACAGAAGGCAGUGCCACUAAGGACAACCCACUGGGGAGGCUGCUCCAGCUGGUGGUGUCCUGAGGGUUGGUACAGCACAAGAAUGUAAUUGGAAACACCUUCCCCCUUCGUGUCACAGCAUAAAUGUUGAAUGGUUGGAUGUUUUUA